AUGCGCGUUCUCUCUUCUUCACUUUGCGCCCUCGGCCUGCUGGUCAGCGCCACGGCCUACCAAUCCUACCCCGACCGCUCCUCGAUGCCCCGAACAGUCGUCACAACAGACCUCGAACAAGACGACCUCGCCUCGCUCAUCCGCUACCUGCUCUACACCAACGAGCUGGACACCCAAGGCAUCAUCUACACAUCCAGCCGCUUCCACUGGGCGGGCGAUGGAAACGGGACCAAGUUCUUCCUCGAAGACCGCGAGUACGACACGCCGCAGUGGAACUGGCGGUGGACCGGUACGCGCACGGUGCAGGACAUCGUCCUCAAGGCAUACGCCGAGGUCUGGCCGAACCUGAACGUCCACGACCCGUUCUACCCCACUCCAGAUGAGCUGUUAUCCAUCGUCAAAAUUGGGAAUGUCGACUUCGAGGGCGAGAUGGAGAAGGAUACCGAGGGCUCUGAUUUUAUCCGCGACCUGCUGCUCGAUGACGACGACAGAACACUGUACCUUCAAGCCUGGGGCGGCACCAAUGUCAUUGCGCGUGCUCUCAAGUCUAUCGAAGACGAGCACUCCAGCACCGGAGGGUGGAACAACACCAAGGCAGCCAUCUCCCGCAAGGCCGUCAUCCUGGCCAGCGGUUUCCAGGACACCACCUACGCCGACUACAUCGCGCCCAACUGGCCUGCCCUCCGAGUCGAAGACUUCAGCACGGCAUACAAGCUGUGGGCCUACAACUGCGAAAGGGGCCAAGGUAACGUUCGCGGCGGGAAAGAAAACGUCUACUUCACAGGCAACUGGACAAAAGCCAACAUCCAAAAAGGCCCUUACGGCAGCCUCUACCGCUCCUGGCUCGACAACCAGCGCAUGCCCGGCGACGCCCUCGACGUCUUCGGCAACCUGAGCUGGUACGAGAACUCCAAGCAAACCUGCCAGCCACUCGAACCCUACGCCUUCCUCUCUGAAGGGGACAACGUCGUCUUCAACCCGAUCCUCAACACCGGCUUGCAGGACCCGUCCAACCCAACCCUCGGCAGCUGGGGCGGCCGCGCCAAGCAGAACAGCAGCUCGCCAGACCUCUGGGUCCUCGUCGACAGCGAGAAAAACUCCACCGGUUCUGAAGACGCGGGAUACACGUAUACACGGUGGAUCGCACCGGUCCAAAACGACUUCGCGGCACGGAUGCAGUGGACGCUUGAGGCGAACUACACGCGCGCAAACCACGCGCCGACCGUGCAGAUCGCCAAUGAGACUAGUGUGCAGGGGAAAGCUGGGACGACGAUUGAUCUCGCGGCCGAGGUCAAUGAUCCCGACAAUGACACUGUCCAGACAAGCUGGUGGCAGUAUCUCGAGGAAGGGACGUACCCGCGCUCUGUGGCCAUCACAGAGCUGGAGAAUCACGGGGCGAGAAUGACUAUCCCUGAAGACGCGGAGGAGGGAGACACGAUUUCGAUUGUGCUCCAGGGGACAGACGAUGGGGAGUUCCCGUUGACCAGAUACGAUCGCGUUGUUGUUACUGUUGUAUAG